ACCAAGGGAGGCGGGCUGGGUGCCGGCUGCGCGGCCCGCGAGCCUCAGCGGGUCUGAGGGCCUCCAGCCCGACAGCAGCGGUGGCGCCCGCGGCCCCUGAGCCAGCUGAGGACGAGGCCGCGAGGCGGCCGCGCCCGAAGGUGCUGGGGCCGCGCCGCGUUCGGCGGGGUGAGGGGCUGGGGCGUCCGCUGGCCGCCGGGCGUGGGCCGGCGUUUCCCGGGCGGGGGCUCUGGCGUCGUUGGGUCCGGCUGAGCCGUGGCGCUUGUGUCGGUGUUGGGCUCGGUGGGCCCAGGAUCCGGACGGUUUCGGCGACGCUGGCGGCGGCCGGGGCGAGACUCCUGGCCGGCUCAGUAAGGCAAAAGAGAAUGAAAGAAGUAGAUAACCUUGAAAGUAUAAAAGAAGAAUGGGUCUGUGAAACAGGAUCUGACAACCAACCUCUUAGUGAUGAUCGACAAACAAAUUGUGAAUAUUUUGUUGACAGCCUUUUUGAGGAAGCUGAGAAGGUUGGUGCCAAAUGUGUGUCUCCCACUGAACAGAAGAAACAGGUAGAUGUUAGUAUAAAAUUAUGGAAAAAUGGCUUCACAGUCAAUGAUGAUUUCAGAAGUUACUCUGAUGGUGCAAGUCAGCAGUUUCUGAACUCCAUAAAAAAAGGGGAAUUACCUUUGGAAUUGCAGGGAAUUUUUGAUAAAGAGGAGGUGGAUGUUAAAGUUGAAGACAAAAAAAAUGAAGUAUGUGUGUCAACGAAGCCUGUGUUCCAGCCCUUUUCAGGUCAAGGUCAUAGACUGGGAAGUGCCACACCAAAAAUUGUUUCUAAGGCAAAGAGUAUUGAAGUCGAGAAUAAAAAUUUGUCUGUUGUUCAACUAAACACCCUGGAACCCAUCACUAAUGUACAGAUCUGGUUAGCCAAUGGAAAACGGAUUGUCCAGAAAUUUAACAUUUCUCAUAGGAUAAGCCACAUCAAAGACUUCAUUGAAAAAUACCAAGGAUCCCAGAGAAGCCCUCCCUUUUCCCUGGCCACAGCUCUUCCUUCCCUCAGAUUGCUAGAUGAAACACUCACACUGGAAGAAGCAGAUUUACAGAAUGCUGUAAUCAUUCAGAGACUCCAAAAUACUGCUGAACCUUUUAGAGAACUUUCAUAACCUUGAUUUUUGAUACACUAAGUGGAAAGUUUGCAGAGAAAUGAUGGUUGUAAAUGAACAUACAAACCAAAAUGAGGGAAAGGAAGUCUGAUUUGCUGGACUUUUGGUUUGAGUGCUAUUUAACUCCCUUCUGAUGAGAAGAUUUUAAAUAAGUACAAGUUAGGAAUGUAAACUGUGACUGGAAACUAUAUUCAAUGCACUUUUCCAAGAGGCUACUCAGAAAACUAUUUAUUUUCAAAUACCAGUUAUUCAACAAUAACAUAUAUUAAAUCAUUAUAUCCUAUAGAAUCUAAAUAUGGUAUAAAUUAGCAAAUGUAUUCACACAUCUUUCAUUCAGAUGGUCCCAACCAGCCAUGAUUUGUUUGGAUGACAGCUAUCUAAGAUUUUUAAAAUAGCAAUACAUUAAGAAAUUUAUACAUGGCAACUUAAAAGCAUCAGUGUAAUUAUUUUAUACCUGGGUAACAGUCAGAAGGCUAGAAGAAGCUGCUUUCACCACAACUAUGCCCGAACCUUGAAGUGUUCUCAGUUUUCAUUCUCUAAUGACAAGGUAUACUCAAAUAUUAAUUUGGCACGGUAUCUAAAAUGUAUUUUCAUUUAAGAAUAAGAUUGUGCACCAUAGUAUAAUGUCAGUACUAAAAUUUCUAUCCAGGAAUCCUAGUUCAUCCCUUUUUUUUUCUUUUGAAAAUUAGGAUUUUGUUUUUAGCUAACAUUUUGAGUAAACCUUUCAUUGCUACCGCUUGUGUAGAAUCUGUUCUAACGCCUGUGUUGGCACAUUGCUAAUAUAUUGUAAAUACAUCACAUAAAGUACGGUUUCCUGUUCCAUAUAUCAGAGUCGACCUGUGUAUACAUUAAAGGAUUAUUUAUUUAUUUACAUUCUGAUGCCACCAAGGGAAACAUAUUUUGUUUAUCUUAAACAUCUAACUAAAACUAGUUAGACUUCAGUAUUUCAUUUUCAGGUUGAAUUCCCUUGCCUAAACGUAAGUUUAAGAAGCUUUUUUGCAAAUUCUCUGUUUGAAUCUUAUUUAAGGCAAAAUGUACGUUGAAUGUGCCAGGAGACCAAGUAGCCCUCCCUGGAGCAGUAGUGCCCAUGGGGCAGUGGGGUCGGCCAGAAAGAGCAGUUCUUACACCUUCUGGCCUCAAGACCCUUUGUUUAUGUGUGUUAUAUAGAUGACAGUGAAAGUAAAAAGUUAUAAAAUAUUUAUUCAAUAAAAUAAUAAGCACAUCUUAGUAUAAACCGUAUUUUAAUGAAUAUGCAUUUUCUAAAAAAGCUUUAGUGAAAAAAGCAGCAUCGUGUUCCAUUUUUUGCAACUGUCUUUACCGUCUGACUUAAAGAGCACAGAUGGAAUCUCACGGCUGCUACCACAUCCAAUCUGUUGUGAUACUGCACACUAUGUAGCCGCUAGUAAACGCUACUGUCUGUUCAUGAGAAAAUGAAAAAAAAAAGCAAAUAAUGUCUUAGUUGAUUAUGAAAAUAGUUUUGACUUGUGGACCUCUUGAAAGAACCAUUCUUACAAAGCAGUGGUUCACAAUAAUUAUCAAACCUUUGUCUAAGAAUCACUUGGAAAGCAUUUUGAAAUAUCUGUUCCAGGCACCUACCAUACACAUUCUGAUUUAUUGUAUCUGGGAUGGGUCCCAGAUCUCUGCAGUUUUAAUCUCAAGUGAUUCUUAGGUACACAGUAGAAGUACCUGUGUUCAGGAAAUUCGACACUGUGCUUCCACCCUAAGAAAUAAAACCUGCGUGCUUCAUUCACCACGAAGAGUGGAAGACUCCCACUGGGUCUGAAAUGGGACUUCUAAACCUUUACGUUGUGUCCUUAUCUCCCACAGUUGGUUCUUAGCCUGUUCCCCUCUCACUCUUAACUAAUCAUGAUAGAAACCUGUGCUUCAUCUUCUCUAAGCGGAGCUGAGAUAAGGCUGGAACGUUUAAGUGAGAUUCUUCCUAGAAGCUCAGGAAUAACAAGAGGGAAAUACACGUAGCGAGGUGACCUGGUUUAUAAGAUAUGCCUUCUGUUUGAGGUCCAUAUUAAGAGUGCUUGCUUUUCCAGCACCCAGCCUUACAAAUGGUAGAGGCCUGUCUUUUUAUUAGGAAGAGAGAAAGCGCAAAGGAGAGCCUUUUGCUUUUUCAUUUACUCUCAGAAAUGAACAGAUCUAUAAUAGAAAAUACAGUCAGUAAUGUUUACCGCUGUUAGAACCCUCUCUCCAAUGAAACAAAAAUAAUGGUGUUUUGAUAAGAAAUGAGAGGAUGGCAAAAAUCCGCAAACUCUUUCAGAUAUAAAAUGAUUGUUAGUGUAUUUUUCAGUCUAUAAGGAAAUAUUUCCCUAGACCUAUCAUGAAGCAUUUUAUAAUUUAGUCAGUAUGUGAUUCUGCAUUUAUGUCUAUAAAGGGGCUUCUUGUUGGAAAUAUUUUUCUUGUACCUAUAGAAAAGCCUUCUUUGUGGAUUUUCCAGUUUAUAAUUAUUUAUCCACAAGAUGCAUUGGAGGCUUUCUUGUAUGUACAUGUAGAAUACACCCCAGUGAGAAGUUCCUAUAAAGACCCAUCAUCAACAGUAACCUUCGUUUUUGUAACUGUGAAACUUUCAUUAAUGGGAAUAACAUUCCUAGAGGUUUUCUAAAAUGAGAAUCAUCUGAUAAAGCUGUCUACCUUAAAGUUAAAAAUUGUAAAGUUGUUAAUUAAAUAUGUAGGAUAUACAAAACAUACUUUAGAAAAUAUAAACUGAAUUUGGCAUGGCAAGGGAAGGCAGACUUGAAAAUAAUCAAACAUUUUGGGUGUAGAACACAAUUUGACCUGUAUAGUUGUUUCAGAACUCAUCAAUCAGUUUCUUGAGAAUCACCGUUAAGGCUGAUACAGAGAAAUACAUUUCUGGUUUUAAAGAUUCUAAUAUAAUGGUUAACUUACUAUGCAUUGUGCAGGUUACAAAACUGGUCUUAUUUAUUUUGUAUACUUUUCUCAUUCAGAACACUUUUCAUUGUGUUUCAUUGUGUUAAAAUAUAGUAUGUUUGCAUCUAUUUCAGUGCCUUAUUUUAAAAGCAAUCUUUUUGCUAAUGGUUGAAGAAUUGUUGUCUUUAGAAUGAAAUAAUAAUUCAUUAAAAGGACUGUAUGAAAUAAUCUA